CAUUAAUUAAUAUUUUAAAAACCUAUACUUCAGAAGUAAAAAUAAAAUAGUUUUAAUUCAGAAAAACCAAAUAAAAUAAAUUAUUAAUUUCAUUGCAUAUUUUUUUUAUUAAAUUUUUAAAUUGUAUUUUUGAAUAAAUUUAGUAAUUAAUUUUUUCCAAUCAAUGAUUGCGUAAGAAAUAAUUUAAAAAAUGUUUAAAAAAACAUUAUUUAUUCAAACUCCUCCCAUCAGACAUUUAUUCAAAGAAGUUUUUGAAAAGAUAAAUCCAUUUAAGAAAAAAGUACACGAGCGUAUAUUAAUUGAUAAUGAAUUCGGAAAAUAUGAAGCUGUUUGGCCUUGGGAUGUUACAUACAAAAAAAGAGAAUUUCCAAGCUAUAUAAGAUUACCUAAAUAUGCAUCAUCUUCAUACGGUAUGCCUGAGCAUGUUGAUAUGGAUCAUAUUGAAAUUAAAGACGAUCGGCAAAUCGAGUGUAUGAGAAAAAGUUGCGCAUUAGCUAAAAAAAUUUUGAACAGCGUUGGACCCUUAAUUAAGCAAGGAGUAACAACUGAAUGUAUCGAUGAAGCAGUACAUGAAAUGAUUGUAUCACACGGUGCUUACCCAAGUCCUUUAAAUUAUUUACGUUAUCCAAAAUCAAUUUGUACAAGUGUAAAUAAUAUUGCGUGUCAUGGAAUUCCUGAUAAUAGACCACUUGUGAACGGCGACAUUCUCAAUGUUGAUAUUACGGUAUAUUUAGAUGGAUAUCACGGUGAUUGUUCAACGAUGUUUGCUGUUGGAAAUAUUGAUAGCCAUGCUAAAAAACUUAUUGAAACUACAAAAAAUUGUCUUGAUGCUGCUAUUAGUAUUUGCAAACCAAAUGAAGAUUUUAAAACCAUAGGUUCUACUAUUGAAAAGUUAGCAAAUGAAAAUGGUUUUUCAGUUAUUCCAGCGUUUUGUGGUCAUGGGAUUGGAAGUUAUUUUCAUGGACCUCCGGAUAUUUAUCAUUUCGAAAAUCAGCAUCCUGGUAAAAUGAUGCCAGGGAUGACAUUUACAAUAGAACCCCUAUUAAGUCAAGGUGGCCAACAAAUUGCUAUUCUUGAAGAUACAUGGACAGCAGUGACUGGUGAUUUUUCAAGAACAGCACAAUUUGAACAUACGAUUUUAAUAACAGACGAUGGCUGUGAAAUCCUUACAUUGUAAAUACAUAUUAUAUAUUUAAAGUAUGUAUGUAAAAAUGUAAAUAUAAUUUACUUAUUGUAAUGGUACAACAAAAUGAAUUUAAGACUUAAAAUUUUAAUAAAUAGAAAUAAAAUGAUUGACUA